AUGCGAGUCCUCGUAAAACACUGGCGAGAACAUGCUAUAGAAGUUGCAUGUUUUAUUGAUGACGGCGCUGGCACAAGCAAUACCUAUGUAUCGACUCUGAGGGCGUCAAACUUCGUCCGAGACUCGCUUAAGAAAUCUGGGUUUGUCGCAAACAACGACAAAUCUCUGUGGAGUCCCACUCAAAACAUGACAUGGCUCGGCAUUAAUCUAGAUCUGAAGAAAAAACUUUUUUCUAUACCUUCCCAGCGAUUAAUUUCUACUCUUUCGAGUUUACAAUUCAUUCUUGAUUCCCUAUCGUACACGUCAGCACGAAAAUUAGCAAAAUUUUGCGGAAAAAUCAUAUCCAUGAAAGUUGUUAUAGGCAAUUUGGCCCAACUGAAAAUUAGACGAGUUUAUUAUCUUAUUGAAUCGCGAAUAUCAUGGGACUCCCGAAUGAACAUGUCACACGCUUCAGAAGCUGUGAAAGAACUGUUCUUUUGGAAGAACAAUCUGCUAAAACACACUGAGAGACCAAUGACACGGGUAAAUACUCCUUGGUUAAUCGUUUGUUCUGAUGCGAGCGAUACAGGGCUGGGUGCACACACGUGGCACAAGAAUAGAAUGCAUAUUUCUAUUAAGAAUUUCACACUAACGGAAAGCCUAAUGCACUCCACGUGGAGAGAGCUAUACGCUAUACAAUAUUCGCUACAAUCAUUAAAAUCAGUUUUAUGCAACAAAACAGUACUUUGGAAGACAGAUAAUUACGCGAGCCAUUGUAUAAUAAAAAGAGGCAGCUCAAAGGAAAACUUACAGAUAUUGGCAGAAAAUAUUUUUGAUAUUUGUAAGAAACAAAAAAUAGAUUUAAAUGCCGAAUGGGUCCCAAGAAACCAAAUUCAAUACGCUGAUAAAUUAAGUCGUUAUACGGACACGGACAAUUGGGAAAUCACCAAAAGCUUUUUCGAAUACCUAAACAGGCUCUGGGGUCCAUUCACCGUAGAUAGGUUUGCUAAUGACGAAAACAAAAAGGUGGGCAGGUUCAACUCAAAAUAUUAUUGUCCGGAAACUGAAUGCGUAAACGCCUUUAAUACCUCGUGGGAAAACGAAAAUAAUUUACUCGUGCCCCCGAUUCAAUUUAUAUCAAAGGUUUUAAAACACAUGCAGACCUGUAAAGCUUCGGGCACACUGGUGGCCCCAUACUGGCCUUCGGCAGCGUUUUGGCCAUUUUUAACUGAUUCAACAGGGGACUUCCAAAAAUUUAUUAAAAACUUCAGGAUCUUUGACAAUCCCAAUUUAUGCGUUACUCAAGGAGAGUGCAAAAAAUCCGCCAUAGGUUCAAAGCAUUUUAAAAGCAAAAUAAUAGCUUUCAAACUGCAAUUUACAUAA